AUGCAGUCAAUUAAGCUCUAUGAUCUCGCACUCAACGACUUUGAGAAGAAGUGCGGGUCUCCUAAUACCUUGAAAGCCCGUAUUUCUUUAAACAUCAAGGGUAUUCCAUUUGACACUGUGUGGGUUCAACUUGGGGAGAUCCCAACUGUAAUUCCUAAAUUGACAAAGACCACCGAAACUCCAACUGUUCCCAUUAUUGUGGAUACCAGUAAAAACCUUGUCAUACAAGAUUCGUGGAAAAUUGCUCAGUACCUUGAGGCCACCUAUCCUGACGCCCCCAGUCUUUUUCAUGGAAAUGAAGCUUUAUACAAGGCUGCCCAAGAAAGCAUUGAUAUGUUAUCAAUGCCUUUUUCCUGUCUUGUUAUCGUGAAUAUAGCAAACAGAAUUGGUGAUGAAGCUGUCAAAAACGAGUUUAGAAAGACUCGUGAAGCCAUGUUCGGAACUACUCUUGAGAACUUUGCCGGAAAUCCAGAAGAUAAAAUUAAACUCGCCAAUGAAGUACUGAAGGAUAUUAGAGCUAAACUAGCAAAGUCUGUUUACUUGUCUGGAUCUAAAGUGGGAUGGACUGAUGUUGUAUGGCUUUCAUACCUUGUGAUGGUAGACGUUCUUAACCAUGACGUCUUCCAAGCCAGAAUAUUGGAUGGUGUUCCGGGCGAUAAUACUUUGAGGGAAUGGUAUGAGCGUAUGGCCAAAUACGUAUAA